GCGGGACCGCUGGCGGCGAGGGCAGGUGCGGCGAGCUGCGGGCAGGUGGCGGCGCGGCGCGGGCCAGCGUUGAAGGCAGCUCCAGGGCCUGCUGGGACUCAGCCUGCAGGGACGAGCCGCCCUCCCCCGCCGGCUUCUGCCAUGGGAGUGUGGGGACAGCCCCGCGUGCGAUGAGAUGUGACACCGUCUGUCGGCCUCCUCUGGCAGUCACGCCUCUCCAGCCAGGGCCUGCCGGCUCGGCGGCUCCUGCGUUUCGGAUAUUUGGUGUCCCCAUGGAUCCACAGCCAUAGCCAUGGUGACGCGGGUGGAGGUCGGCUCCAUAACGACCCUGACAGCAGUGCCGGGCCUCGCUGAGGUCGCCAAGGAGGAGACCCUGACGCGGUCCUACUUCUGCCAGGCCAGGGACGCCCCCGGGUCCCCAUCGGCGCGGCUCUCGGAAGGAAAAAGCCCCCUGAGGAGUCCUGCACGCUUACUCCCCCUGCCCCGGCUCGCCCCCAAACCCUUCUUCAGGGAGAAGGCUCCGGACCCAAAGACCCCCAUCGCAUCCUUGCAGCCCAGCCCGGCCAGGCCGGCUCCUGCCUGCGGGCCCCCCCAGGACGCGGCAGCCAAGGCCCCGGGCGAGGGGAUGCCCGGCCUGGCGGGGCAGGAGGCGGGGGGCGGGGAGGGCCUGCGGAGAAGCUCGUCCCUCUUCCACAAGGCCCCCUCCCUGCGGCCCAUCCCCGGCUCCGAGAUCCUCUUCGAAACCACCAAAGCCGGCCCCGCGCUGGGCAAGCGGGCCAGGGAAGGGGCACAGGAGGCCAGCGCGGGUGUGUCUCAGGCGCCCCAGUCGGGUUCGAAGCCCGAGGUGGCGGCCAAGCCCGCCCUGCCCGCCCGAAAGCCCGGGGCAGCCCUCCCCCGCCCGGCCUCCCUGUCCCAGGACGCAAUGCCGGCCGCCACCACGCAGGAGGAGGCAGGCCCAGGGGAGCUUCCCGCCAAGGCCGGCGGUGCGGAGGACACGGGCAGCCCCGCCGUGGAGCCCAGGCCUCCUCGCCCGAAGAGGAGGCCGGUGUCGGCCAUCUUCGUGGAGACCAUUCAGCCCCAGAAACCAGGCCCCGGUGGAGCGGCCGUGGUGGGGAAAGCGCCCCCCACGCCCCCUGAGAAGACGUGGGUGCGAAGGCCCAGGCCCCUGUCCGUGGACCUCACGGCCCGGUUUGAGAGCAGGGAGGCCUUGCUGAGGAAGGUGGCCGAGGAGGCCACAGCGGUCCCUGCAGGCCAGCAGCGGGGGCCGGAGCGGUCCAACCCGGAGCCCAAAGAGGAGGGUGCGGGUUUGGGCAAAGCAGAGGCCCCCCUUCGGGACCCCGAUGCAGACUUCCUGGAGGUGGCCAAGAAGCUCCAAGAACGGAAGGACAAGGUGCUCUCUAGGCAGGCGGGCUCGGCCAGGGUCAGCUCCACGGAGGACCGGAGGCCUGGGGAGCAGAGAGCCACGCUGGACGGGGAGCCGGAGAGGGCUCCCGAGUCCCCCUCGCCCAGGCCGGGGAAUGGCCGAGACCCGGCCGAGGUCAAGAGCAGAGUGUCCGACGGGGAAAUCCGGACCCGGGGAGAGUGGGUCUCCAGGGGCAGCGUCAAGAAGCGCCUCAGCCUCUUCGGGGAGGAGACCGCCGUGGCUGUGGCCGUGGCUGUGGCCGAGGGGCCUGAGUCCCCACCGGCCACCCCUGAGUCCCCAUCGGCUGCGCCAGAGCUGCAGAAAGCGGCGGUGAGCGUCCAAGAGCGGAUCAAAGGCUGGGCCACCGAGAGCUCCGAGGCCAAGCCGGAGGUCAGAAGGAAGGCAUUCCAGGCGCGGCCGCUGUCGGCAGACUUGACCAGACUGUUUUCAAGUUCUGCUUCAAGCAACGAAGUCAAGUAUGAGAGGUGUUCGGAGCUGAGUGACGAGCUUGCUAAGGAACCAAGGAAGAAGCCAAAGGAAGGACCUAGUUCAGAUGGAGCCCCCGCUCCCAGAAGCCCCUGGCAGCUGGGGACGCUCCGGGAGCCAUCCGGGCGGACACUGAGGAGAGACAGCUGCCCCCCGGCCCCCGGCAGCUGCUGCGGGGUGAGCCCGGCGGGGGUGCUGCGCCCCUCCGACAACACCCCGGAAGACGACGGGGGCUUCCAGACUGUGAGGGCCACGGUGUUCGAGCAUCACGUGGAGAGACACACUGUCACACCCCCUGGCGCUGUGACCCAUGUCCCCGAGCCCAGGCCCCGGCCCGAGAGAAGCUCGUGGCUGGGGAGGGAGCCUCUGGAAAAGACGGUCCUCCAGAAAGAGCACUCCAGGCGGCCCGGAAAUCCUGACACAGACAAGUUGGGACGGACUCCUCUCCCGAAUGGUGACCCCAAACAGUAUCACACGCCCCUCCCUGAAAAGGGCCCCCCGGGCGAGAAACGCAGCAACAACCCCUUCCUCCAGGGCUCAGAAAACCCUCCCAGGUCACGGAGGGUGGAGCCCAAGUAUGACAUUGUGCACACAGUAGGGGAGCGCGCGCACAGUGAGGCUGUCCCCACUGUGCCCGAGGAGAAGGCCCUGACGCUCCGGAGUGGCAGGGCCCGGCCCUCGCUGAAGGGGGGGCAGCUGUCCCCUGAGGACACUCCUGCCCACCCCGAGUGCAGGCUGGACAGUCAGGCGGGGUCCGUCCAAAGGGCCAGUCUGAUUUGGGAGGCCCGAGGGACGCAGGAGGUCAGCGGGCUGCACCCCGACUCCCGAGAGCCAAAGGACGUGUUCCGGGGUCCGUCGCCCAAGUGGAACGGCGGGGCGGCCGGGAGCUGGCACAAAGCCACGGUGGUGGUCAGUGACGAGAAAGGCUCGGAAGUGAGUCCCAACGUCAUCGCCAGUGAGCGCUCGGCUGGGCCCUGCGGCGCUGAGGCCUCCGGUGUGAGGGCCAUGCAGGCUUCCAUGAGGGAGACCCGGCACCAGGGGCCUGAAGGGGCCGGGAGCAAGCCAGGAGGCUGUGUUUCAGCAGGAGAGAGGGGUCCGCUCUGGGGCUGCCCCCCGGACCCUCCUUCCAGGGCUAAGGAGGAACCCUCCGACCUCCCAGCACGGCCACAUCUCGAAGGGCCGGUGCGGAAGGGGCCCCUUGUUGUGGCCGCCGGUGAGGGCGAGCUGAGGCCAGCCCCGGCCCGGGAGCCUGAGGCCAGGGUGCGGAGGGUGAGCCCCUCCGACCAGAGAUUCGACAGGUGGAGGCGGCGGACUCUUCCCCACGACGUGAAGUUCGAUGAGUUCAGCUUCCUGGCCCCGGAACACUCCUCGAAGGCGGAGCAGAGAGGCGCAGAUCCUCGGAGCUCCACGGCAGGGGCCUUAAGGAAACCUCAGCCAUCCCAUAAUAGGGUGGCGGCCCAGGACGGGGACCCAGGCGUUUCACGGGACCCGGCUCCUCCCGCAGUGAAGCCGGGGUCCUCUGUGGAACCCAAGGUGACAUUUUUUGCAGUGACAUAUCAGAUUCCCGAUACUCAAAAAGUGAAGAGUAUUGUUAAGUCAGGACCGGAACACUUGACAGAACAUUCCAGAAAAACAGCUCCACCUCCAUCUCCUCAUCCUUUAGCUUCUCCCUUGGUUUCUCCCAACCCUGAAGAGCCACGGGAGACCGUGGGCAGUAAAAACUGGGCUCAGGGCCGAGAGCGUGACCACGCAAGCAUUUCAAAAACUCCAAAGCCAGCACACACUUCACCGCCUCUUGGGGACAGGAUCAUGGGUCUUUCUACGGAAAGGAUCAUCGACCCCGACACGGUCUGUGCUCAUCGGCGGUGCCCGGAGGACAGCACUGGUUUUCAGAGUGACAGGAGGGACAGUGGGAACAAGACGUCCCCCAGCAGUGCUCCCCAGAUGACCCCAGCUUCCAGAAGUCGCCUGAAAGCCGGCGACCUCCUGGUCAGAAGGAAGACUGGGGCGGUCAGCGAGACGUUCCCAGGUAAAGUCAGAGACGGCUACAGGUCCAGCGUUCUUGACAUCGAUGCCCUGAUGGCGGAGUACAAGAAGCAGGAGGCCCAGGAGCAGGUGGCGGGCCUGCGCGCGGAGCCCAGUGGCUGGUCUCAGGAGAGGCCUGGCCUGCCGGGCGGGGCAGAGUGGAGGAGGAGGAGCCUGAAGGAAGGGCCGGAAGCUGAGGGUCCCUGGAAACGAGCCAGCUUUGCUGAAACAAACCACAGCUCUAGUCCCGGCUCUGGCAAGCCGCUGCCAGAGACCCCGGGGGCAGCCACGAACCCCAAACUUGGCUCUCCGCUAUGGGCUCUGCCACACCCCGCUCCUCCUGAAAAACACCCAGGGGUCUCCUCUGGCCCUGGGGCUCCCAGGAAGACCUCAGGAACCUCAGAGGAUGAAACGAAGACCUUUGCUAGUAAGCACCCCGGUGCAAAGUGUCAGAACUACCCCGCCGCCCGGGAGGACCCGGAUGCUGGGGCCGGGGUGCUGCCCAGAUCCUCCCCAGCCGACCAGAAGAAAGGGGCCCCGAGGCAACCCAGCUGGAGGGGUGAGGAGGGCCAUGCGGCCCAGUGGGGUGACCACCCGCAGCACCGUGGCAGGUCACCGCUGGAUGUCAAAAGGGCCUGUUCGGAGAAGGGCCCUCCUGCCAGGAUCCGAGAGGGCCUGUCCAUCAUGCAGGAAGCCAGGGAGAGGAGGCGGGAGCACAAGGCACGGCGCAGCCUCCCUGGGGACAGCUUGGAGGCCAGGGAGGCCGAAGCGUCGCCCUGUCGGCGGGACUCCGGGACUCGAGACGGUCACAGGGUGCCGUCGCGAGACCUGGGGAGGGAGGAUGCCUCCCAGGGCGGUGAGCCGCCGCUCCGGCAGGCGCCCCCUGCGGCCUUGGGCCCCCGGAGGAGCCACAGCUUCUGCAAGGACAAGAGGAGCGGGGCCUUCGUGGAUCAGCUGAAACAGUGCUUCACCAGGCGGCCCCCUGAGCCCAAGGACACUGACACCCUCGUACAGGAAGCCGACAGCCAGUAUGGGACGUGGACAGACCAGCACCAGAGUGGGGGGAGCUUGGCCCCCGAGUCCCCGUCGCCAGACAGCAGUGCCGCGUCGGCGCGGAAGCAGGCCUCCAGCAGCCGCUUGUCCUCACUGUCCUCCCACACGGAGGCCACCUCCACCGGGGACCAGCAGGACUGCUCCCGGGACCAGCGGAGCACCAGCGUGGACCGCUCCAGCACCGACCUGGAGUCCACCGAUGGGACGGACGGGCUGCCCCCUCCGGACACCGGCUCGGCGAGGACCGUGGACGACUUCUCCUUCAUCGAUCAAACCUCAGUCCUAGACUCAAGUGCCCUCAAGACCCGGGUGCAGCUCAGCAAGAGAAGCCGCCGCCGGGCUCCCAUCUCGCACUCGCUCCGGCGCAGCCGGCUCAGCGAGUCAGAGAGCAGGUCUCCGCUGGAGGAGGAGGCCGACAGCGCGUGGAUGUUCAAGGACUCGACAGAAGAGAAAUCCCCCAGGAGAGACGAGUCCGACGACGAGGAGCAGCCACCCAGGACCGAGAGGACACCCGUCAGCCACCCCCAGAGGAUGCCGGUGUUUCCAGGCGUAGACCCGGCCGCGCUGAAGGCUCAGCUGCACAAGAGGUCAGAGGCGGACAGUCCCGGCGAGUCCCCCGGCUGGGCCCCGCAGCCCAAGACCCCCAAGUCCCCCUUCCAGCUGGGCAGUCGAGUGCUGCCCACCAGCGUCGAGAAGGAUGAAAGGUCCGAAGAGCCCUCACCCCAGUGGCUAAAGGAGCUGAAAUCUAAGAAGAGGCAAAGCCUGUAUGAGAACCAGGCCUGACCAGACAGGGUCACUGCCACGUGUCACGAACAGAAGCCUUAACUGUCACAGCCCCCGAGACGAGGCCACGCUGCUGCCGUUCCUGCCUGCACAACGGUUCCCUGCCGGGACCCCUCCUUCUGGUGGCCCAGGGCCCCGCACCGCACCUCUGACCGGGUUGGAAAGGCCCGCCCUCCUCAGCACUCACUUGUCUCCCUGGACCGCACGUCGUCGGCCUGGGAGAGAGGCCAGGCUGCCCAGAGACACCCAUGCUGGUGGUUGUGUGUGUGUGUGGGGGGGGGUAUGUAGAAACCAUGCAUUUCUGCACACUGCAGCAGCAGCAGCUCCGGGUGCGUGGGUGUCAGGCUGGAUCGUCUCCCAGGGCUCCGGAGAACACCUGAAUCAUGAAGGCACCUCCUCCCCCAACCCCCAGGCAGGUCUUGGUCAAGAGGACUUGGGUCUCCUUCUUGAAUUGUGUGCAGGGCAGGUCCCUGGGGCGGGGGUGGCUCCCAUGACGUUUUCGGCCAGUCCCAUCUCUCUCCCGAAGGAUCAGCAGCCCCGAUGUUUCAAUAAUGCCCAUCCUUCUGGUUAGCCUUCCGGGGGGGCCCCGAGCGUGGUGGCCCUCUCGUACCGUGUGUCAUCUGUUUGCUUCCGAAGGUGACAAAGCAAUAAUCAGCCAACUCCCCCUUGAAGUUUGCUGUGUGUGCGUGUGUUCGCAGUGAAGAGUGGGCGGAGAGGUGGGCCUGCUCUGCUGGAAGCAUCCGAUCAUCUCAGGUUAUCCGACCCCUGUCCCGGCGUCUUGGAGACCCCAGUGGUCACGCUUGCCUACCUGUUCCUGGUUCCUCUUCUUUCUGUGCUCUGACUUCUGUGGACUGACCUUUGUCCCUUGACCUCAAGGGCUCAUACACCACAGCCCAAACGGCAGUGCCUUUCCCACCCCGCGCGUCUCUUUCUCCAGAGCUGCGUUCGAACGCCACCCGAGCGGCGGGCACGGAGAGCGUUUGCACGCUGGCCUCGGAACACGGCCUGAGCGAGGGUUCCUUCUCGCCGCUUCCUCUACCAACCCCCGCUGGGCUCCCCCGACCAAGUGCUCUUUUCAGGGCCCAAUGAAGGAAGGCAGGGUCUCGCUGAAAGCCCUUCUCUGGAGGGGAGACCCCGCUCCCUGCCAGACCAGGGGGACUCUGGACAGAAGUGCUAGAUCCCAGGUAGCAAUGUGUGAGGUUUACCUUGCCUUUUUUCCCCCUUGCCAUCUCGACUCUGUCCUCUUCGGAAAUCCUCAGCACCAGCCUCCUCCGCCUGUGAAGCCCGAGGCCCCAGCACACAUCCCAGAAGUGCCCGGCUGGCCAGCUGCCAUGCCCGGAGUUGCCAUAAACUUUGUGCCAACCUCACCUGGGAGACGCCCACCAGUGAGAAGGACGCUCGGGCAGUUCGUGAGGCCCCCUGUGGUUGCUGAGGGGCCCUGGGGCUCAGUUUCCUAGUGGGUGCUUGCACAGCGCUGGCUCGAUGUGACAGUGAGGGGCACAGCACAUGCAUGCCCCUCCCCCCUGCAACUUCCCGAAAGGUGGGAACCCUUCUUCAUAAAUCCGUGAUUUGCAAAUGGUGUUCAAGUCCCCCUCUCCCCAGCCACCUCUCCGGUAGUCCUUGUUUAUCUGCCCACCAUUCGUGGUCUGUCAUCUCCCCACCACUUUCCUCUCUCGGGGGUGGGGGGGGCAGGGCGGGGGUUGGGGCAGAGAGCAGUCUCGUCUCUCCCGCCUUUGCCUGGAGAGCGGCUGCGCGCCAGCACCAUGGACAGGGACGGGAGCCGCCCUCCCUGAGUCCUGCAGGCUGAGCUCUGGCCGCUUACUGAUGGGCACUGGUGGGACCCUGUCGCCCGCCCAGCCUGGUGCACCCGGAGACCCUCGUAUCCGUGUGUGGAGGUUGGGCCUCCCUCGCUCAUAGCUGUGUUCUCUCCAUUCCCUGAGUAAGUGGCCAGUCGGUUCUCUCUGGCCAUUUGGGGAUUCACUUCCUCCAGGAACUGCUUCGGUUGACUUUUGUUGUUGUGGGUUUAAGGGCCAUCUCUUGUUGUAU